UCAGAGGCCAGCGCGCCCGCCGCCAUGUUUCUCUCGGCCGCUUAAGGGACUCGGCUUCGUGCGGGACUUGUUUUUCGCAGGAGGCUUUUCAUGGGGAUUUAGCGACGGCGGAGUUCCGGCGCCCGCGAGCGAAAUGGCCUCCGAGGGGCCGCGCAAGUACAGGGAGAGGAGGAGCAGGAGCGACAAGCCUUACGACAGGCCGAGGGGAAUAAUUCGGAGAGUAACUGAUUCGGUGACAGGUUUGUUCUCAUCAUCUUGGCUCUCGGGAUGGUUAGGGGCUGAAGAUGAGGAAGAAGGCAGCGAACAGCAGGGGAGGAUGGCACCGCCCAAGACCUCGACAGUCCCUCCUCCUGGCGAGUCCUUUAUUUUCUCCCAGCCGGUCACAGCGCGGAGGUCCUUCAGGCCAAUCUACCCAGAGGAAGGUGAAACUGACAGUAACAGCCAGCAGUCCCUGGGUGUCAAUGAGGGGGCCAGCACCAGCAGCGGGAUACGGAUGACCCUGCCAACAGCCACUUCCUCGGGCCUUUCAGCCUCUACCAGCAGAUCACUGGGAAGUGAGACACCAAGUCCAUCAAUCCCAGUGAGAAAGCUGCCUAUUAUUUCUUCAACUCCAGCACCCAUGUUCACAGCUCGCACCAAGAGCCACUUGGAGCCACGUCCGUUGCAGCUCCUAACCAGUUCAACACCCACAGGGGAUGAUGGCAGUGAAAUGAGUGAGUCUUCAAUAGAUACAGGCGUCGAUGCCUCAGUCAUUCCCCGACCAGAUGAGAGGGACUACCAGCAGGAAAUACUCCAGCUGGACGAGGAGUCACUGCAGACACUACGUGAUACUCUAACCAAGUCGGCUCCUGCGCCACCAGCUGUCCAGCCUGCUACCGUUCUCCCUUCCUUGGAUGAGACUCGGAAGAGACCCCGGGAUGUGGAACCAGAUCACACAAGUAUACGUGCAGAGGGAAGCACUAGCAGCAGGUCCCUCUUUAGUGAAGCAGGGGAGCCAGCCAUUGGGACACCUCAACCCUCAGGGUUAGCUAACAAGAGGCCGCGUUUUAAUGUUUCUACCUAUGGGUCUCCUGUAGUGGGUGACAGAUCUGUGCUCAGUAAUUCUACAUUUAAAUCUUCGCCUUUUUAUCCGGGGAAAACUAUGUAUGGUGGAGCUUCUGCCUAUAGAAGAAAUAGAUUGCAGUCCAGAACUUCCCAUCAGACUGCUCGUGUUCAAGUCAAAAGCAAAUCGGCAGAGUCCUCAGAUGAUGGUGGACUCAGCCAAGCUGCCCGCCGCAUCCUGGACAGCCUAGAGCAGAUGUCGACACCUAUAUCGGAUGCCAAGCGGAUACCCACCCCCACUCCAGGGCAGAGGGGUAGUUUCUUGGAUGCAGCACCCACGUAUACAGCCUCGUUUUAUAAGCACAGGCCGAAUUUAAGAUCUGCACCUCCAACCUCAAAACUUCUUACUCCAACAAAACUGCCUGUUCAAGAGAACCUAUCAAAAAGUUUUUUAAAACCUUCAGUAAGCACCUCUAUCAGCACUUCUACUUCAUUCACCUCUUCCUCCUCCUCAACCCCUAAGAGAACUGUGGAGGAACCCAGGCAUAUAGAGAUGAUAAUACAGGAGGAGGAGAAGGAGAAGAAAAACAGCAGCAGUAGCAGCGUCACAAGAGCUAAGGCAAAGGUGGUGUCCGAAUCCACCACACUCGCCCCUACCUCUUUCUCGGCCCCAACCCCAGCUGCCAGCUCCACCUUCUCCAGAGCUGCUGCAGAGGCAGUCAGCAAGUUCAAGAGUGGACCCACCACCACUACCCCCCUGCCGGCCCUUUCUUCACCGGGUGUGUUCAAGUUUGGACUGGCCAGUAGCAACAGUGCCUCAAAGCAAACACAGGAUCUCAUGGCAAAGGCAACACCUGUCGUGAGUGAAUCACCCCAGACCCUGAAGGAUGGUGGCGGAAAGAUGAAGUCAAAGGUUGUCGAGAGUGGCAGGACCUCCAGCAGACAGGAGGAAGAAGCUGUUUCUGAAGACCCCAAGCUCCCCACAGUCCCUCUGACUCUGUCUUCACUCCCAAAGAUCAAUUUGCCUCUCACGGUCCCAGCAGCAGGGACCCCGGCCAGCAUCAGUGGCAUGGCUUCAGGCUUCAGAUUCUCCAUCCCAGAGGUGGUGGACACACAGGCAGCUGCCUCCGAGACCACGGCCAAUGCCCUUACCUUCACCUUCAGUAGUCCGGCGUUAGUUAACGAAGAGAGCAAAGCCACUAACCAGUCUUCUAGUUCUCAUUCUAAUCUAUCCUCAACAAUGAUGUUUAAUAGCAGCAGCCCCAGCUUUGCCCCUAAACUUAAGGCUACUGCUAGGAAGGAGGUCAUGCCCAAGGCACCUAAGCUACAGGCUGGAAGUAUCCUGGACAUUCUGAAGCCAAAGGGAGGUACUCCAGAGAAGCAUGCUGCUGCGAAUGCCUCUCCUUCACUGCAAAAUAGGGUUGAAGAGAAGUUCAAUGCAUUUGGUAGUCCUAAAGUUCCCAGUGAAAGUAUCAAGCCGGUGAUAGAACAGACUGUUAAUAAUGUUGUUGAGAAAACUAGUGUUUCGCAAGGGUUUGAGGGCUUUGGUGGGGCCUUCAAGAAGUCAAGUGAUGAAUGGGAGUGCAGUGUUUGUAUGAUCAGGAACAAAAACUCGGCUGAAAAAUGCGUGGCGUGUGAGACUGCAAAGCCAGGGAAAACUUCAUCCCAUGGUAUCCAAACUAAUACGUCUGUCUUUAGUAAUACAGAUCCUACCCCAACCAUUACGGGUAAUGGAACAGACUGGGGCUCAGCCUUCAAGAAGUCUAGCAAUGAAUGGGAUUGUGAUAUGUGCAUGUUACGAAACAAAGACUCGGUGGACAAGUGUGUUGCAUGCGAAACCCUUAGGCCGGGCAGCAAAGCGAAACAGGCCCCAUUAGCUGAGUCAAAGCCAGUUGACGGAAAGGAGGAGAAGGUGAAUUUUGGGUUUGGCUCAGCCUUUGCCAAGGCCAAGGGGGAGUGGGAGUGCGAUACAUGUUUAGUUCGCAACAAAAGUGAAGCUACGAAGUGCAUAUCGUGUGAGACUCCUAAGCCUGGUGCUGCUAAUAUUUCUCAAGCCAUAACAGGAAACUUUAAGUUUGGUGUAAAUACAAAUGACUCUUCUUCCACAAGUAGUAGUUUUAAGUUUGGUUUAGACAACUCACAGACUGAAGUAAAAUCUAAUAGUGGUUUUGCAUUUGGGGUUAGUGCCAAAAGUGCUGAAGACAGUAAUAGUAAAGAAAGCUCUGGAUUUAAAUUUGGAAUUGCAUCAGAGAAGCCUAGCUUAGGGACGGACUCUAGUAGUGAGAAGGACAAGUUAAAGGAGAAAAGUGGAAGUGCCUGUAGUGGUAUCAGUUUUGGCCUAAAGCCAGAUGAAUCCAAGGGCAAGCAGUUCCCUGUUCCAUCGAUGAACUUCACCUUUUCAGCUCCUAAUACGCCUGCUAGUAGUACAGAAACUGUAAAUACUAAACCUAGUUUCACAUUCAGUUCUGGGAGUGAAACUGCGGCAUCCUUCAGCUUUGGAGGCACAGAAACAAAAGCUAAACAAGCCACAGGAGAAGGACAAACUAAAACAUCAACAGAGAUAAAGCCAGCAUCAGAGAUUAAAAGUGGGAGUGUCUUGGAUGUGUUGAAGGGGAAAGACACAAAGGCAAGUGAGGUGUUCAACUUUGGCGCCAAGCUUGAGAAGGUCGAUGGAGGCGUGCCAAAACCCUCAUUCGCCUUCAACAAUGCUGUGCCAGCCUCCACAAAAGCAGGUGAUUCAAAGUCUACAGACUCAGCUGUGCCAAGUGGCACUUUUACUUUUGGUGCUAAUGGAAAAGAAAGCAGUGCAGGAUCCACUACUGCCAUUGCUACGGCUGCACCUCUCUUCACCUUUGGUGAUAAGGGGUCAGGCGCUAGUACUGCACCUUCCUUCGCUUUCAAUACUGCCCCUGCUAAGGAGGAGUCCAAGACCACGCCAGCCUUCUUUAGCGGGAAGAGAGAGAACUCAGACUCUAGUGAGCCUGCAAAGAAGAGUGUCUUCGGAGGGUCAGCCACCAGCAUCAACAAUGGGGUAGGGGCAACACCCUCUUUGUUUACCUUUGGUAGCAAGGAGAAUAAACUAGCCUCUGGCCCAGGAUUUUCAGCACCAUCAGCUACCCCAGCAUUUGGGGCCCCAACUCCAGCAUCCAAUGCUACUCCCAACUUCCAAUUUGGGAACAGCAAUCCUCCUGCCCCAGCUGCUACAGCACCCCCAGCCUUUGGAAACCCUGCUCCUGCUUUUGGCAGUCCAGCCCCAGCAUUUGGCAGCAACAACAACAACUCGACCCCAAGCUUCACCUUCGGCCAGCCACCCGAGAAGAAGCCAAGCACAGGAUUUGAUUUCGGGCAGACCCCUUCCAGUGCCCCAAGCCAAGGAUUCAACUUUGCAGCUUCAACGGGGACGCCUGGUGUAUUUCAGUUUGGACAGAGUCAAGCAAAUAGCACCCCUGCAAGUGGAUUGUUCCAAUUUGGUUCAGGAAACACUCCUGUCCAACCAGCCCCCUCUUUUGGUGGCGGCGGUGACAAUCCCUUCAGUGCCCCUGCCCCUCCCAGCGGUCGCGUCAUGAAGAAGGCCGUGAGACGCACCCGCAAGCCGUGAUCAGGGCACAGCAGCAGGAGGGUUUCCUUACCAAACGUGUCUUUAAAUUAUUUGUUCCAUGCAUUUUAUUUUUAAUGGAUUCUGGGUCUAUUCCUCUGUUUCUGUUUUCAUUAUUUAUAAAAUGAAGGUCUUUAAUAAAAAGAAUUUAUAUAUAUACACAUGCUGUCGCUUAGGCUAAAAAGAAAGAGGUGCUUUAACAAUGAGCGUUUUAUCAUUCUUUCAUGCCUCCCUCCUUCCUUUCGUUCCCUCAUUUUGUUCUCUCUUAUUUUAGCCUUUUUCCUUCGGCAUUUUUCUAGAAACGUGCCCCCCUUUUCGACUUCAUUUUCCACGGUCAUUCAGUUAGGAUACUGGUCAAACUAAGUGCUUGAUGUAGGAAAGCCUGAUGUAUAAUUUGCUUUUACAUUUUUGUUCCUUAUUGUGAUACAAGAAGUUGAACUGCAAAGGUAUCUUGAUAUAUUGCUUAGAGAUUCUGCUUUUUUUCUUCUUCUUUUUCCUUUCCCAUUUCUUAUGUAACUUGAGUUGUUUUUUAUAUAAAAUGUUAGCAAAAACUUUCUUAGUCCUAAUAAUAAAAAAAAAAAAAAUUGUAUACCCAGUCAGUCAGACCUGAUUUUUAACAAUAAGAACAAAAGUUUCAAAACCAAUGUGGAGGGAAAUAAUUACUCUAGGAUUGAUUACGCUU